AUUCCCCGGUUGUAGUCAGUAGUACCAAUGCUACGGUAGCAUGCAGUCGAGCGAGUAGGCCUGUAUUCCACAUGUUGAAUGCCUUUGCGGUUGUGGUACCCGAUUCCUGAACGUUCUAAAGAGUAUGUCGGGCAAGCUAGCAGUAGUGGUGUAUCUUCUUGGAGUGUUUUGUCUCACCCUUGAAGCCCUGGAUAAUGGCUUAGCCAGGACACCUCCAAUGGGUUGGCUUACAUGGGAACACUUCAAAUGCAACACAAACUGUAAAACGAACCCCAAGAAUUGUGUCAGUGAGAACUUGAUGAUGGAAAUGGCAGACCGCAUGGCAGCAGAUGGCUACAAGGAUGCUGGUUAUGAGUAUGUCAAUCUUGAUGAUUGCUGGAGUGCUAGACAGCGUGAUUCACAGGGGAGAUUGCAGGGAGACCCUGAUCGCUUCCCCAGUGGAAUGAAGGCACUUUCUGACUAUAUUCAUAGUCAAGGUCUGAAGUUUGGCAUUUAUGGAGACUAUGGCACCAAGACUUGUUCAGGUUUUCCUGGCAGCUGGGGGCAUUUUGAGCUAGAUGCACAGACCUUCGCUGACUGGGGAGUAGAUAUGCUCAAAUUUGACAGCUGCAGCUCCAAUGUGACAACAUAUAGUAAAGGUUAUCCAGAGAUGUCCAAUGCCCUAAAUGCUACAGGACGGCCAAUUCUAUUCGACUGUAAAUGGCCUUUUGUAUUGCGCCAUUAUGGCAUGAAAAUAAACUAUACCUUGAUAGCUGAAUACUGCAACACGUGGAGAAACUUCUGGGAUGUUCAUGAGAAGUGGUCUUCUAUCCUGAUGAUAGUAGACUACUACGCACUCAAUCAAGACACCUUGAUAGCGGCCGCUGGACCUGGCCAUUUUAAUGACCCAGACAUGCUUGUUGUAGGAGAUAGUGGCUUGACAGUUGAUCAGGCCCAGGCACAGUUUGCUAUGUGGGCCAUUUUGGCUGCUCCUCUUCUCAUGGCUAAUGACCUAAGGAAUAUCUCCACCCCUCGCAGCAACAUCCUGCUAAACAAAGAGGUCAUUGCUGUUAAUCAGGACCCCCUUGGCAUCAUGGGAAGACUUGUGCUUCAGUUUAGUGACAGAGUUGAUGUGUGGGUUAAACCACUCUCUCGGUGGCAAGAAUGGGCGGUUGUGAUCCUCAACCGGUACUUGGCACCUCAGAUGGUAUCCUUGUCUCUCCAUCAGCUGGGUCUCAAGACACUCUCCAGUUACAGACUGCGGGAUAUUCUAUCCCACAGUGAUAUAGGCCUCAGGGAUUCAUCCAAAAUGUACAAGUACACGAUACCUGCAACUGGUACUUUGAUGAUGCAUGCACAGCCUUAGCAACAGUGCUUCAGUCAAAUAUUUGUGUGUGUGUGUGUGUGUGAUGGGAUUGGGUUGGUUUUGACAGUGUGAAAAGAAAGUACAGUUGUUUUAAAUGUAAUAUCAAAUUGAGAGAUAGCAAUUUUUUGUCCUGAAAGACUUUCAACAACAGUUCACAGUGGAAGAACAGCUGUAAUGAAGGUUUAUUUCAUUCAUCCACUAACAUACAACCAUGAUCUACGAAAAUGAAUGCUGUGAUAAAGGUUGAUGGUUUGAUGCCUGUCAUCUGUGAAGAUUAUGUGAAUGCUGGCAGACAUGAAUUAAUUUCCCCAUGAUGCAUAUCUUACAUAUCAAUGUCUGCAAUAAAUAUGCCUGAGACUGGUUUUAACAAAGUAUAUUUUUACAGUUCUUCAUACAAAGUAGUGACAAUCUACUCAGUUCAGUCGUGAAAUUCGUAUUAAUUUUGUUCAGUUAUUUCCUUUGAAACAAAAAAUUGACAAAGCUAACAUAUAACAAGUUUCUUGAAGUUUGUAUUGAUUAAAAAUUGCAGGCUAUUUGAUUAAACUUAAAAGUGCAAAUAAUCUCAGGAUGUUUUGUUUCCAAGAGUUAGUACUGGUACAUUGUCAGAUGUUUUAAAUUAUUGUUUUCCCAUGUUGAUGCACAUUUGUGCUUAAAGGUAAAUUUGGAUUCUCUUUAACUUUGUACUCGUUGAACUUUUUUUGCUUUUUUAUACUUUAUAUAUCGGUACCAAAGAUGUUUUGUAAUGUUUUGAACUUAAAAACCUUAGGUUAUAUGGCAACAUUUUAUGUACUGAAAGCAAUAAAAUGUCCAGCCUUUGUUAUAAAUCAA